CUUGAAAUGUUGGUUCUACUUGGACUGUUGGUCGGUGCUCUUGGCCUUACCGUUUGGUGGGUGCACCAGCUCUAUACGUACUGGGAGCGACGGGGUAUACCCCAUGAUCCACCCAGUAUUCCAUUCGGAAACACCGCCGAGCUGCAGCGGACGAUGCAGAUGUCUCAUCUUCUCAAGCGAACCUACAAUAAAUUUAAAAACCAGACAGACGGGCCCUUUGUCGGAUUCUAUGUUUUUGCCAAGAAGUUUAUAGUGAUAACCGACAUUGAUUUUGUAAAAACAGUGUUAAUUAAAGAAUUUGACAAGUUUCACGAUCGCGGAGUAUAUCAUAAUGAAAAAGAUGACCCACUGACAAGCAAUCUUACAGCGAUCGAGGGUGAGAAGUGGAAAAAUCUACGUCACAAAUUAACUCCGACCUUUACCUCGGGAAAAAUGAAGAACAUGUUCCCCACAGUCCUAAAUGUGGGAGAUGAACUUGUUAAAGUUUUCGAUGAAAAGAUCUCCAGCUCUCCGCAGACCUUGGAAGUCACCGACUUGGUAGCUCGAUUCACCGCCGAUGUUAUUGGUAUAUGCGCCUUUGGUCUGGAAUGCAAUAGUUUGCGGGAUCCUAAGGCGGAGUUCGUCAGAAUGGGUAACUCGGCGGUUACUGAACGUCGUCAUGGCAGACUGGUGAACUUACUAAUCUUCGGAGCGCCAAAGCUCUCCGCCAAACUGGGUAUCAAGACUCUGCCUCCAGAGAUAGAGGAUUUUUACUUAAAUAUUGUAAAGGAUACUAUAGAUUAUAGGGUGAGGAACAAGGUAACUCGAAAUGAUUUCAUGGACAUGCUGAUCGACAUGAAGUUAAAGUACGAUAAUGGCGACAAGCUGAAUGGCCUUACUUUCAACGAGCUCGCAGCACAGGCCUUUAUAUUUUUGCUGGCUGGUUUUGAAACGAGCUCCACUACCAUGGGAUUUGCCCUUUAUGAGCUGGCCUGCAAUCAGGAUGUUCAGGAUAAGCUACGAGCUGAAGUCGAUGGUAUAUUGGAGAAACAUGGUGGAAAGCUUGACUAUGACAGCAUGAGGGAGAUGAUUUAUCUAGAGAAGGUUAUUGAUGAAACCCUAAGAAAACAUCCCGUGGUUGGCCAUUUGGUGCGCAGCGCUACCAAAGACUAUGUGCCUAGCAACCCGAAAUACUACAUUGAAGCCGGAACAGGAGUUCUGGUGCCUACACUAGCUAUCCAUCAUGAUCCUGAGUUCUAUCCGGAACCGGAAAAGUUCAUUCCAGAGCGCUUUGAUGAGGAGCAAAUCCAACAGCGUCCCCCUUGCACUUUUCUACCUUUUGGUGAGGGUCCACGGAAUUGCGUUGGACUCCGAUUUGGACGGAUGCAGGUGGUCGUCGGAAUGGCAUUACUCAUCCAUAACUUCAAAUUUGAGUUGCACCCUACUAAGACAACGGUUCCGGUCAAAUACAAAGUCAAAAGUUUUCUGUUAAGUUCAGAAGGUGGAAUUAGCCUUAAUGUGAGUAAGAUAGUGAAGUGA